AUGGAGAAAAGGGUUUUGUACGGUUUGGUAGUAAUGCUAAUAUACUUGGUUGGCAGCGGCUUUGGUCAAGGGGAAGUUAGAUUGAUGAUUGAAGAAGCUAAAUGGACACAAUUUCUGACCAAGACACAACUUCCGACAGUGCUUACGAUAACAUCCUCGUUGUGCGGUUUUCCCUGCGUUGUGGUGGAGGAUCAAGUGGCUCGAUUGGCCCAAACCUACGGUGAGAAAGUUAUAUUCAAUACAGCCAACAUUUUGUUGAACCCAUUCCUUGUACAACUUUACGAGGUAGUCAGUAUCCCGACCAUCAUAGUCUUCAAAGAUGGAAAAGAAAUAUUUCGUUACGAAAAGCUUUCCGAUUGGGAAAAAAUAUAUGAUCUGGUAUUCGAUUCAUGGAUAUUAGAUUCCGCCAUGCCCCCCUCCGAUUCUGCCUCACCUAGCCCUUCUCCAUUCGGAUAG